AUGAGUGCUAUGGUGCUUGUUGUGGUUCUGAUUGGAGCCACGAUUGGACUAGUGCUUGUCCUAGGGCUUGCCUUUUUCCUCUAUAAGAGGAAACUUGAGGCUUCUAACACUGAAUCUAAUGCACACGGUGAUAUUAAUGUUCCUGAUACAAAUAGGACUAGAAUUUUGGUUGAUGUAGUGAGGCAUGCAACCAACAAUUUCAGACAGGAUAAUUUAAUAGGAACAGGGGGGUUUUCUAGUGUUUUUAGAGCAGAGAUAGAUAGGAAAAUAGUUGCAGUAAAAACCAUAGGCCGAAUGAGAUCUGGUAGGGCAGUUGAUGAGGCAAUAAGGUCGUUUGAGCGUGAGGUUGACGUCCUCACCAAACUACGACAUGCUAACUUGGUAGGACUAGUAGGAUAUUGUUGGGAUGCAGAAACCAUGAUACUUGUCUACGAGUACAUGGCUCAAGACCUAAAACCUUCCAACAUUUUACUCACUGACAGUUUGCAGGCCAAAGUAGCUGACUUUGGUCUGAUUCGCCCUCUCAGUGGCUAUAAUGCCACAUCUGAUACCCAGCCAGCAGGAACUGCUGGAUACAAGGCUCCAGAAUAUGCGUUAUAUAAACAAAUAUCUGUUAAGGCAGAUGUGUUUAGUUUCGGAGUCAUCUUACUGGAGUUGAUCACCGGUAAGAAGGCAGUUGAUCAAAGCUUGACUGAGUCGCAUCCACACCUCCCAAAUUGGUUCUGCAACAAAGUAAUUAACAAGGGCGGGGGCGGCAUUGUUUGGGAUGAACUCGAGAAGGUUAUUGACCCCACAAUGGCAGUUUAUACGGAUCCGAACACUGUUGACUCCUUUUUAGAAAUUGCCAAGCUAGCCAUUAGCUGCUGCAACAAGGAUCCCGACUUGAGGCCCGAAAUGACACAUGUUGUCAACAUAAUCGGGCAGCUGGUGAAGCCAUGGAAGCCAUCAGAACCCCUUCCUGAAAAUUUGGAGCAGGCAGCCGAUGGAAUGGAUUGGAUCAACAUUCCUCUCCCUGAUAUGGUGAAGCGUUGGGAGCGUGGUGAACCUUCUGGUCAAGCCAGUUCGUCCGAGUAG